CACAUCCUGGUUUUGACUUCACAAGACGCAAGCAUAUCUGCAGCUUAAUGGUUUUCCUGUCAAUUUUCAUUUCGCAUACUUAUGCACAUGUAUGGUGUCAAAGAUUUAUUUUCUCAGUACUCCAACUAAAGUGAACAGUGUACAAUAAAUAACUAUAUACAAUCAUGGUAGGCUACUGUCCAAUCUGUGGGAAGCCCGUCUACUUUGGUGAGAAGAAGCGAUCUUUGGGGAGGGACUACCACCCUCUGUGUCUGAAGUGUCAAAAAUGUAACAGGCAACUCACAGCUGGGCAACAUGCUGAGUAUGAUGAGAAGCCGUACUGUUCAUACUGCUACAUGAAGCAGUUUGGUCCAAGAGGUAACAGGUGACUGGAGUGUUGCCACGGCAUGGUGCCUCCCCUCCAAAAAAAUCCAAACUGAGCUAAAAUGGACGAAUUCUGACACAAAAAGACACACAGAGCCUGUUUAUUGGCCAAAUAAAUAAAUAUGAAUUAUGGACCGACUAUCACUGACUAUCAUUUACAACUUUAAAGAAUUCGAUAUUUAUAAAUGUGUGACUACUUAAUGCCAUGUCAUUGUUCACUUUUAUAAUGUUACUUAAUUUUGCCUGUAUAAAAAUAUAAUUCACUAUGAAUAAAUGCAUCUUAACA